UAUACUGUUAUUAAGUCAGGAUUUUAUUUAGACCCUAAAUAUCUUCUGUAAUCUUCUCAUUGAGAUAACUACUAAAAUAAAUAGAUAAAUACAGUCGCUUCAUUUGGACAAAUAAUUUAAUUUGGAAUAAUUCGACAGGGAACAGUGUGACAGUCUAUCAGCUUUCCUAAAGAAUGAAUAAGUAGCUCAUCGCAGGCGGCUGUGAAGCCACGGGGCACACGGGCGGAGGGAUAGAUGCUGUAGCAGCGAGCGUACCGUACGGUAGAUCUGGACUCAGAGCGCCUUUUAAAGACCCAAUGGAGCGACAAGAUGAUGGAGAUGAUAGUGCAGAGGAGCCCGGUUCUCCUGCCCUAGCUUGUGAGCACUCAGGCAGCCCACAGCAGGAGGUGCCUACCACGAUGAGGAGGAACGACAACUACCUGCCAGUCCCUGGCGAGGAGAAGCGCCCAGAUGUGGACCUGGUCAACACCAACGCCAGGAGCAACGUGUCCAUACCGAUGAAAAAUCUUUAUGCGGAUGACGGCUCGCCUCUGUAUUCACGGCUGGGCCCAUACUUCUCUGAUGGGCGGAGGCGGGUGGACUACGUGCUGGCAUACCAGAUCCAGAAGCCCAUCAGCAUCCGACGCCAGUCCUCCAGGUUUGGUGACAACAACUUUAUCCGACGGCUUCGACGCAGCCUGAGCAUGAGGAGCAGCCGUGCCCCGCUGCAGCCAAAGGAAGACCCGGAGAUCGCUGCCCAGGACCAACGGACUGACUAUCAUGAGGAUGACAAGCGCUUCAGGCGGGAGGAAUUUGAGGAAAACCUCCUUGAGACGGGACUGGAGCUAGAAAAGGACGAAGGGACUAAGAUCCCUGGAAUCGGCUUCUUGAAGAUCCAUGCUCCCUGGAAUGUUCUGUGUCGAGAGGCUGAGUUCAUGAAGCUCAAGAUGCCAACAAAAAAGGUUUACGAGGUGAAACAAGGAAGUAAUCUGGUGGAGAAGAUCCGACUGUUCAUUCACAAAGUCACAGCUCCUCUCCACCCAAAAGUGGACGCCAACCGGCCACAAAGCAUCAAAUCCCUCUCUCACCCUUUCUCCAGAGAGAAGCAGCAUCUGUUCGAUCUGUCUGACAGGGACAAGUUCUUUGACAGCAAGACCCGGAGCUCAAUAGUCUAUGAGGUUCUGAAGAGGACGAGAUGCACCAGAGCAAAAUACUCCAUGGGGAUCACCAGUCUGCUAGCAAAUGGUGUCUAUACGUCUGCUUAUCCUCUGCAUGAUGGAGACAUCGAGGGGGUGGAUGCAGAACCUAACGACAGGAAGCUGCUGUACGAGGAGUGGGCCAGUUACAGUGUCUUCUACAAGUACCAGCCUAUUGGACUCAUAAGGAAGUAUUUUGGGGAGAAGGUUGGACUAUAUUUUGCCUGGUUAGGAGUCUACACACAGAUGCUGAUCCCUGCAGCCAUCGUUGGAGUCAUUGUGUUCCUCUACGGCUGUGCCACUGUCGAUGAUAACAUACCGAGUAUGGAGAUUUGUGAUCCCAGGAAUAACAUCACCAUGUGUCCGCUGUGCGACCGCGCGUGCAGCUACUGGAAGCUGGUGACAGCGUGUGGUACAGCCCGAGCCAGCCACCUGUUUGACAACCCAGCCACCGUCUUCUUCUCCAUCUUCAUGGCCCUCUGGGCGGUUCUUUUCAUGGAGCACUGGAAGAGACGACAAAUGCGACUCAACUACAUCUGGGACCUGACAGGCUUCGGAGAGGAGGAGGAGGACCACAACCGAGCAGAGUACGAGUUCAGGGUCAUGAAAAAGACAAUGAAACAGGAACAUUCAACCCCGAAGGGUGAGAAAGUGAAGCUGACCUGUACAGACAGAAUGCCAGCUUACCUGUCUGCUGUGGUGAUGAUGUGCUUCAUGAUCCUUGUGACGUUUGCCAUAGUCUUCGGGGUAAUCCUGUACCGGAUUAGCAUUAAGGCAGCGCUGCACAUGAGCACCUACCCUGCAGCACGGUCCAACAUCAGAGCCACUGUCAAAACCACCGCCGCCAUCAUCAACCUCAUUGUCAUCAUCGUCUUAGAUGAAAUCUAUGCCGCCAUCGCCCGCUGGCUCACCACACUGGAGGUUCCAAAAACAGACAAGAGCUUUGAAGAGCGCCUCAUCUUCAAAACAUUUAUCUUGAAGUUUGUCAAUGCAUUCACGCCCAUUGUCUAUUUGGCCUUUUUCAGGGGCAGGCUUGUUGGGCGGCCUGGAAAGUACUUGUAUGUUAUUGGAUCGUACAGAAUGGAAGAGUGUGCUCAUGCAGGCUGCCUCAUGGAGCUCUGCAUCCAGUUGUGUAUCACUAUGCUGGGCAAGCAGCUCAUCCAGAACAACCUUUUUGAGAUUGGCAUGCCGAAACUGAAGAAACUGCUCCGGAGGAGGAAAUCGGACUUGGACUCAAAGCAAGAGGAGGAGCUGAACAAAACCCUGCAGCGACACGAGAAAGACCACAACAUGGGUCCUUUUGUUGGCCUCAGCCCAGAGUACAUGGAGAUGAUCAUCCAGUUUGGGAUGGUAACUCUUUUCGUGGCCUCCUUCCCUCUGGCUCCGCUCUUCGCUCUUCUGAAUAACAUCAUAGAGAUUCGCCUGGAUGCCAAGAAGUUUGUCAUGGAGCUGCGCAGGCCAAUUGCAGCAAAAGCCAAAGACAUUGGUAUCUGGUACAACCUCUUGAGAGGCCUCAGCAAGGUAGCAGUCAUCGUUAAUGCCUUUGUCAUCUCCUUCACCUCAGACUUCAUCCCACGGCUGGUCUACCAGUACAUGUACAGCCUGGACGGCACCAUGCACGGCUUCGUCAAUCACACUCUGUCUUACUUCAACGUCAGUGACUUCCAGCCAGGCACAGACCCUCUCCAGCCAAUGCACCUGGGCUACAGCGUAGAAAUAUGCAGGUAUAAGGACUACAGAGAGCCUCCCUCGGCCACCACACAGUAUGAACUCUCUAAGGAGUUCUGGGCCGUUCUGGCCGCCCGCCUCGCCUUCGUUGUUGUCUUUCAGAACGUGGUGAUGCUUAUGAGUGACUUUGUGGACUGGCUGAUCCCGGACAUCCCCAAGGACAUCAGUCUCCAGAUGCACAAGGAAAAGAUCCUCAUGGUGGAGCUCUUUAUGAAGGAGGAGCAGGGCAAACGACUUGCAGCGCGGGACAACCACAACCAGGACAACUGCAUCACUCCCUCAUCAGCCAAUCAGAGCCCGUCACAGCCCCACUCACGGGGGGCCUCACAUGCAGUCGUCUGGGAAAACAAACAUAAACCGCCACAAGCAAACACAGCACCUAUAUACAAACUGUAAAUAAGCAAAUCAGCUGCUUUAAGCUAGCUGUUAAAGGUUAAGACCAUUAACACAUGAUCAGUUUUUAAUAAUCAGCUAAGCUUUUGCUGCAUUCAUGUUGUUUGGGAAUGUUUGCAGGACCUGGGAGUUAAAAUGAAACUUUGACAUAUUCACAUUAUAACUGAUUGUUUGCCUCUUUUUAUUCCUUUUCCCAUGUUAAGAGCAAGCCAGACAUCAGGCCAACAUCCAGCAAGUAGUUAGUCAAGAAUCGUAGGAUUCAUGGUCACAAAACAUUAUUUAUUGGACGUACUGUGUUCAAAGGGAACAAGCCAUUAGCUUCACUUGACUCUGGGAAAAUUCCUUGUCACAGAUCUUCAUUCAGGACGUCUUGAGAAAACAGUGCCAAACCCCAACUGCAACUUAAUAUGAAUAAUAUUUUCAAGCAGUAGGUUCAUAUCUCCACUUCUCCGAUGGGACUCAAAUACCGCUUUUAUAUUGAAGACAGCCUCCGUCCAAAUAGCCCUGCUGAGAAGAGUUCCCCCUGAUAUCUUACUGGUAAGGUACAACACAAAACGACGUCCUGUCUCCUCCCAUCAAUAAAGCUCAGAUUUUUUUUUUGUUGCACAAUUAUAUACAAAUGCAAGAAUUUAUUGAUGUACUUUUUUAAUGUGCAACAUGGUCAAGCAAAUGUGCUUUCUUUGUUGGGAUGAACAGCAGAAGGUUUUGGAAGACCUGCUGUGUCAUUGAUUUGUACUAUUCUCUUGUACGAGCACCAUUUUGCUCAUUGUUACAUUUGUCACAUUUUGAGUAUGAACAAACUGCCAAACAGGGCUCAGUGGCAUUAUUCCUGGAAGCACAAGUCACAUGAUUAUUCAUUAUUCAUUCCAAUGAACUGGAAUUCCUAAAGCUGUAAUUGGCAAGAUGUACAGGAUAAACACAAAGUGACGUCAUGCACUAUCUCCCCUUGCUGAGAUGCUGUACUGUAGAUAGUUCCGGUAUGUCCUAUUUACCCUUACCAAACUGCUAUUGGGUACAGAGAGAAAUAUUUUCAACACAUGUAGUCGUAAAAUGAAAAUGAUUCCUAAACUGUCUUAAUCGAUCAAAGAGGAUGUAGUCACUGUGACGUCACCCAUUGGUUUGUGGCCUAGCGUUUUGAAGCCUAAAGUUUGCCAUUUUGGUUGUCGCCGACUUGUUUGUUUGGAUCCAGAACUGAUCAUAUUUUGACAAGAGGGUGGAGCUGGAGAGGAGCGAGGCCCGGCAGGUCCAGGUAGUGCCGUUAGCGCUAAAUUACCAACAAACUCUAGUGCUAGCUUGGUUAGCAAGGUGCAUCAAUAAUUCACUUUAACUUCAUUAUUAAUUGGGAUGCUAAUUUAAGAUAGCGAGAAACAGGCUUGUUUGUAAUGUACUUGAAUAGAAAAGCCGACUUCUUAUGGUGCUAUCACCUACGGCGGAUUUACUGAGCGGCGAGUACAAAGUAGCAAGGAUGGAAAUGUACACUCAGAAGUUUUUCCCAUUGGUCAUACAUUUGGCGGUGAAAAAUGUAAACACAAAACACUAGCCGAGCAACAUGGAGCAGUACGCACUGCAGAUGCGUUUGGUGACACACGCAGUUAUCCUGCUUUGGUGUUCCGACCAAACACAUUUGAAUAAUGGUUGUCAACAAUAUGUUGAUCCACUAUUUCCAAAGAAGACGUGCUGCAAUCAGUCAUUUCCCACUCAUGUUAACCUGUGUCCAUCUCAACAAAUCUGCUUUUUGGCUCACUUCCUCCAAUUGGGUCGGAUUAUGUUCUCACUGCAAUAGGGAACUAGGGAUUCGCUUGGAAACGUUUCAAGGCCGAGCGUUUGUGCUGUUGUUUUGGUCUGCACCAGAGUUAGAUUAAACGGAACAAAUAUUGACUUGUGAAAACGCCCUUUCGAGUGUCUUUUAGUAAAAUGGAAAGCUGAACAACGCUGUGGUAUCGUCCUGUUGCUGAAAGCGGCCAUGAAAACACAACACUGACAUAUUAGGAUUCAUUUUGAGUGUUUCUGGCCACACAUUCUAGUAUUUACUGUCCUUUUAGCUCAAGCAGCUAAAAAUACUUUUCUCUGGCUCCCUGAUUAAUUUGUUAGCAAAUAGAUAACUUUGCCUUUGUACUCUUUGGUGCUGAGCAGAUAGUGUACAGGGGGUUUACAUGUGGCAAGAUAAAAAACAAGAUUAAUGCAAAGAAGUUUGCGGCCCAUAAAAAACAAAACAAUGAGCUGCAAGACGUUAAAAAGCUCUGUAGGGAUGAGGGGAGCCGCAGAGUUGUUCUCUGCACCUUUGUCCCCACAAGCAACCCUUUUUACACUACACAUAGUAUUGUGGUCCAGAUUAAGGAUUAGCUGCUAUCAUCAAUAGGUCGCCAAAUGAAUGCUAAUGAUUGUGUAAAUGAUGGCCCCAUUUAGAGUUCAAUAGACUCAAAUACUUUAGGUCGUGGCUACCUUGUGAUUGCUGCUAAGGUUUUGUCCGGUUUGGGAGCUCUCCUUGUCUUCGUCUCACAAUUUACACACAUUCAGCGUUUUCAGUAUAUGAAAAUUAAUUGUAACAUUUUAGUUGCCUAAAUAUGUCUUGUUCAUCGUUUGGCUGUAUUGCACCAUCUCUCUCCAAGAUGGCGACGGCCAAAAAACAAGAAUGCGACAGCUGAAAUGCCAAACUCGAGGUUUCAAAACAGUAGUUCACAAACCAAUGGGUCACGUCACGGUGUCCACUUCUUCCACACAGUCUAUGCUCCCAGUUAGGAUGCCUUCAUCUAGCUUUGAAAAAGUAUGUAAUGUAAGAGUAGUCGUUUUUAGACAUUUUAAUGUAGAACUGUUACAUAUUAUACCUUUAAGGUUGUGCACUGAAAAUGGAUGUUAGUGUUUAAAGUCACGUGUAGUGGUACAAGUAGGCUAUGUGCAUAGUGUGUGCCAUCAUUCUCAUAUAACAUCAGGAAACUGCAUCUUGGAACAAUUAGGAUUGUUGAAUCUGACCCUGAUCGCAAUAAGAGCUCCUUAUUUAAGAGGGCUCUGCAUUUGACUUUGGCUAGCGUAUGAAUGUUCAGCUUCGUGAUGACUCUGGAAAGCAGUACCAGUAUCUUGCUCAAUCCACACCAAAGUGACAGUUGUUGAGCGAGGCGGAAGCUAUAGCGACUCUUUACCCUGCCUUACAUUCUCCCCGCUGCUCCGGGCCAAUUUUGUGCAAAGGGAUACAAAGUGUAUCAGUCAAACACGAAAAGUCAACACUUUCUAUAUUAUUAUCUAUCCUUUUAAUAACCUUUUAAUUAAUUUUCUUAAAGCUGCAACUCUUUAACUAUUGAAGCACAAAGACUGAAUAAUAUUUUAUUUUGUAUUUAUCAAACUGCAAAAAACACAUAUGGGAGUGACUGGAUGCCACUUUGAAGAACGACUUUACAGUCUACACUCAUCGAGGUAUCACAUCCUGCCCCCUGCUGUAAAUAUAUUAAACUACCCCUGAGUUAAGCCCUCAACCCAGACUGAUAGAAUGUAUUAUUCUCUUUCUUUGUUCAGUGAUGUAUAAUCACUUUUAGGUCAAAUUGUUGUACAUCUGUUUUUCUAAUUUCAUGACAAUGCAUUUAAUGUGUCGAAAGGGUUUUAUCAGCCCCCCUGGGGACCACUGAUCGAUCAAUUGAAGACUUUCACAAUGACGUGAUAUAUUUUAUCUAAUUGUCUUAAUUGUGAUUCAUUAUUUAAUGUCCUAGAAACCAUCAAUAUGGACCUAUGUCGCUGUGUCUGGGAGGAUGCCUGGAAAAAUCUCUCCUAAUACAGACUACAAAGACAUUUUAUCACAAAAGACGUUGCUUCUUUCUGGGAUAUGACUUGCUCCUUUGAGCAAAGACUGCACAUUAGAUUUUUGACCAAAUACUCUGUAUGUAAGUAGGGGGGUGUUGAUAUUCAGGAGCUUGUGUUAGCUAAAAUAUGUUUUUGCCCCUCCCUCGACGUCCCUCGUGAAAAUAUCCUCCUUCUGUUGCCAUGUUGUGUUUACAGCAUCAAUAAAACACUGCAAGUUGUAACAGGCUAAACUCUAUUAUAACGUAUGUCAAAGCACAUUUCACAACAUGUGUGAGUGUAUAUGCAUGUAUAACCGAUUUGUCUGUCUGAUAUUUUGAGUCUUUUUGUUUAAACGAAGUGCAAAUAAAUGAGAGAUGAACUGCC